AUGUGUGAAUUAAUUGCUCAUGAGAAAAGGCUGGACACAUUUAACCCUUCAAUCUACGACAAAGUGAAAGAAGAAAUAUUAGAUAGAGAUAAAGAAUUAAAAGAAAAAAUAAGUGAGAACACAAAAAAGCUUCUAGAGAAACUAGAAACAAAGAAGAACAAAUAUACUCAAACAUUCGAGGAAGAAAAGAAGAUAACUCAAAGUGGUGUAACUUUUCUCAAGCAGGAGUUGGAUGGGACAAAUGCUUUGUUAAAAUUCAAUAACCUCAAUAAGGUGUUUAAUGUAAAAGAAAGUGGACUCAACCAAAUACUAGAAAAUCUAGAAAAGCCAAAAACAGUAGUUACGGUACCAAAACUAUGUCCCUUGGAAAGUUUUUCUAAUUCUUUGCUUUAUGGAUUUUUGAUGGAUGUUUCUGUUUCUCUGACAUUUGAAACCAAGGCCGAUUUUAACAUUCCUUUUCAGUGGGAAACUGACUCUCCAUUUAUUAAUUUUGUGAGCUGUAAUGAUGACUCAUUGUGGAUUAAUGAUACAGAAGCAGAUACGCUAACAAAAGUUCUGCUGUUAGAAGAUAAAAUUAUUAAAUUACCAUCUAUAAAAAUGAGUUAUUAUGCAAUGGCUGUAACGCCUUCUGGGAGUCUCCUUUUGUCUUGUCAACUCUCUAAACUGCUUGAAUUACCUAAAGAAGUGAUAGAAAUCAAAGAAAGUUGCUAUGACAUUUCCCCUCUCAUUACCAAAACCAUACAUGUCACUAAAAACAACAAAGUCAUGAUUACAGGUGCAGAAGAUAUUGAUCGAUCUUAUGAAAGACCGCGGAAAAUUAUAGUAAUGGAUUCAAAAGGAAAAUAUGAAAUGGAAUAUGAAUAUGACAAUAAUAAAAAACAAUUAUUUACAUUGCCUGACAUUAUAGUUACUACUAGUGAAAAUAAUGUUGGCGUUGUUGAUAUGGAGCUAGGGCGUGAAAAGGGCCGUGUUGUUGUGCUAGAUGAGGGUGGUAGGGUUCUUAAUAUUUAUACAGGCCAUAAUGAGUUAAACAAGCAAGGUUAUUUUGACCCACUUGGUCUAGUUGUUACAAGCUGUGACAAUUUUAUAGUUGCUGACUCCUCAAUAUUACAUAUAUUAGAUAAAGAAGGUCAGAUCAUAUCAUUUUUUGAUACCACAAAUUGGGGCGUGUUCACUAUAAUGUAUGGCAUGCAAAUUAGUGAUGAAGAUCAACUUUUUAUAAGUUGCUUUGAACUUUUCACACUAAAAAAUAAACUUUAUAAAAUAGAAUGUGACAUUGUAAAAUCCACUUCCGAUAAUCAGUAA